CGUGCGUCUGAACUGCUCUGGCGUUCUAGGGUUUCGUGUGACCGUCCUCUGGUGGAAUGGAAUGGAAUCGGCGAUGAAGUAGUUACGCUGAUUUGGUGCUUUGUGAUCUUUUGUUCUCCUCAUUUUUGUUCGGAACCUGCAAUUUUUUCUACAAGUUUUGAUCCGGUUGUUCUGAAAGUUGCCUGCGGUCUCUGCGCAUCAAUUUUGCCACAGUGUUGUUGUCUCAGCACAUUGUGUCACCAAUUCGAGGGACGUAGAGACCAUAUGUUGCGGCUCAACAUUUUUAGUUGGAGGUGGAAUUUGACUGUCUAGCAUAUAUGUUGCUUACUGACUUGGACCCAUUUUUGCUUAUUGCGUCAUAGUGUGUAGCAAGCUGUGGAUCUACUUCGCCGGGUAAAUUUUGGAUUUGGGAGAGACAGCACGGUCCAUGUUUGCACAUCAAUUUGGUACCACAAUCAUGUCGGGUUUUAUGGUAGAUGUGAGCAUGUCCAUGUCCUUUGUUGAUCCAAUUGGUGAUCAUUGCCGUCCUAGAUUGCUUAGUUUUCGCUGUAUCUUCAUCAAUCGGGCCCAGGGAUGUCACAUCUUCAUGUUUCCAUUAUUAUCUACACUCUAAUUAGCGCCUUGUGGUCCCUAGAUAUUGCUGUUGUUAGUGUUACUAUCUGUAAUGGGUGGCUUUGAAUGUUUUUUCUUUUCUCCAUUUGACAUCUAGAUUUUGUAAUACGCUAUUAAUAUGUGGUUUUGAAGUGUUUGUGGUGAGCUAACAGAAAUAAUUUGUAGCCUAACCCGAAGCCUCUGCAUACGCCUGAUCGGUGCAAUUACUAUAAAGCUGUCCUGGAAGGCAGGUCAGGAAGAAAACCUCAUGGCAACGGCAGCAUUCAUGAGGUGGGAGCUUACUCUCCAUCACCUCGAAUCGAAAUGGAGGUGGCAACCAAGUGGGACCGUCGUUGCUUGAACACAUCGAGGGACACUGAUUAUGAUUCGUUUGAUCGUCAUCCAGUGAGUGCCGAUGCAGAAAUCUCUGCACUAAGAGCGGAGCUUAUGCAGGCUCACAAUCGGAUUCAUGAACUUGAAGCUGAUAGUCGGUCUGCAAAGAAGAAGCUUGAUCACAUGUUAAGGAGCCUUUCCGAGGAGAAGGCUUCCUGGAGGAGCAGGGAGCAUGAUAAGGUUCGGGACAUGUUUGAUGGUGUUAAAGAGGGUCUGAACCGGGAGAGGAAGAACCGACAAAGGGCAGAAAUUAUGAAUUCCAAGUUGGCCAGUGAACUAUCUGAGUUGAAGUUGGUGGCAAAGCGAUGCUUGCAAGAUUAUGAAAAGGAGAGGAAGGCCAGGGAGCUUAUGGAGGAGGUGUGUGAUGAAUUAGCAAAGGAGAUCGCAGAAGACAAAGCUGAGGUUGAGGCUCUCAAGAGUGAAUCUAUGAAGAUGAGAGAUGAGCUGGAGGAAGAAAGGAAGAUGCUCCAGAUGGCAGAGGUUUGGCGUGAAGAGAGGGUUCAGAUGAAGCUCGUUGAUGCAAAGCUGACACUAGACAGCAAGUAUUCACAGCUGAGCGACCUUCAGUCUGAGGUUGAGGCUUUCCUCAGUUCCCACGGGGGCAAUACUGCAGAUAAAGAAAUGGUAAGAGAUGCAGAAAGGCUAAGGGCAGCAAUUUGCUCUAUGAAGUUCCAUGAUAUUAAGGAGUUCUCUUACAAACCACCACCUGCUUCAGAGGACAUUUUUGCUGUAUUUGAGGAGCUCAGGCAGAGGGAAGACACCGAUGAGAAGGAGAUUGGGCAGUGUAAUGGAGACACCCCUACCAGUCAUGCAACAAAGAUCCACGCAGUGAGUCCUGAAACUGACAUCUUCCUGGAGAAACCAUCAAAGAGGUAUCCCCAUCAACCCUGUGCCAGAAAUGAAGAGGAAGAUGACAGCGGAUGGGAGACUGUUAGCCAUGUUGAUGAGCGUGGCUCGAGCAACUCGCCAGGUGGGAGUGAACCGUCAGUGAACGGCUUCUGUGGAGGAAAUGGCGCAUCAGUGAGCGGAACGGACUGCGAUGACAACUCCGAAAACUGCAGGUCCAUUAGUGGGGUCAGUGAAGUAUGUUCAACGACAGCAGAGAAGUACCGCAAGAGAGGGCCCUCUUUCGCCAGACUCUGGAGAUCAUCAAACGACAACGGACGUAAGAAAACAGGGUCAGAGUUGCUGAACGGGAUGCUCUCGAGCGGCAGAAUGUCGAACUCCGCCCUUUCGCCCACCCUGAAGGGCAGCGAGGUGUGCACGGUUUCCCCGAGCGUUGGCGAGUGGAGCCCGGAGCUGGUGAACCCCCACGUCGUCCGUGCGAUGAAAGGUCGCAUAGAAUGGCCCCAGGGCGCGCAGAAGCAGAACCUGAAGUCCAAGCCUCUGGAGAGAAUCGACGGCCGCAAGGUCCAGCUGCGCCAAGCGUUGAAGCAGAAGAUAUAGGAUGUCCCGGUCACACGCUGUAUCCUAUUUUUCUGAAUAUAGAACGAUCUUGUGUUGUACGCCGGGCGGGUGCCUGAUCUGUAAGAAGAAAUCACUUGUAGCAUUGGUCCCUGAUGAAAUCGUCGGCUGUACCUAAUUGAUGUUCUGAUAGCCCUUAGCUCGAAUAGAGAACUCACGACGCCCUUGUAAUCAAAUGUAGUAUCAGUAGUAUUUUUUCAAUCAAAUGCAUUACUUAGGCA